AGCGGCCUGCCGGUCCGUACCGGUCCUUGGGGGCUGUUCCUCAGGUCGUCCAGCGUCAGAUAUACUUCACCCCUACUAAGCCCCGUGCAUACGUCAUCCCCUCAGCCUCCAUCCGACCGCAUACAUGGAACCUACGACGACCUGGACACGAGUGACUCAAUGCAGAAAAUGACGACAGACAACCUGCAAGACAAACUCGACUGCAGCAAGUACCAAGGGUUUGGUGAAGAGUCUGGAGACCCAAUAAAGAGAUAAAGGGGUAAGGCGCAAAGGAAUGCAGUGGGAAGAGAAGGAAGAGUGUCAAUAACAUGGUGCCUAAAUGUGUCUCUGUAAGUGUGGAGGGUGAUUCGGAACGGAACAGAACAUGCAGUUGACAUGUUCCUAAGAGGAACGGAAGCGCAGUGAGAGAAAGAGAGAGAGAGAGAGUGAGGGGGGAAAUGCUAGAGGAGUAUGUUGUUAUAGCAUAUUGUAUAAAUGCACUUGUGCUUUUGUGUGGGGGCUAUUUGGAAGGAACGGGCCAGAGUGAGCAGGUGGUAGUUCCCUGGCAGAAAGGGAAGAGAAAUGAGAGAAAGAGAGUAUUCUAGUGUGUGGGCAUAGGGAAGGUGCGUGAUCACGGAUAGGGUUUGACUUUUUACUGGCCUUGAGGAGGUGGAAAGGCCAACGGGUAACGAGGAGUGUUUUUUUUGUUGUUUACAACGUGGGUAAACCAUGGCGAAGUAUGUGAAGAAACUGUUCAUUAAAGUGAAGGUUCCAGGAGAUGAGUCAACAUCGGAUAAGUGGGGUUUGAAGACACCGUCAACAUCGCAACGGUCUAGAUUAACGGCAUUAGAGGCGGCAUUUAGCACGGAGCUGACACCUGAGAUGCUGGAGGAAUAUCAGAGAGACAUGUAUAAGAACCCACUGGAGUUUGAGCCUCCUACACCCAAGGCAGCUACAGCGACUCCAUCCACCCAAAGGAAUGUUGCUGCUCCCUCACGAACCAUGUCGGUGCCGCCCCAAAGGGUUUCAGGAUGGAAUGAGUCUGAAAAUGCCAUUACUGAUGAUUAUUAUCACCCUAAGUUGGUGAGAGAACGCCCUCAGCCUGGAGCAGACCACUUCAUCUCGGCCUCGGCCCCUCUUGCGCCAACAACCGGCUUGUCUUCCUCUACAGCUGAUCGCAAUUGCCCUGUAGGCCCGGUCCUUGAGCAGUUAUCUGACGCUGAGGGGAUAGGAUGCUUGUCGCCUUCCUUCACUGCCGGAAGCAUUGUUCCACUCUUCUCUGAGAGUGAGGUGAAUCACCCAGAGAACAAAAGCUAUUUGAGGGACUCGAGACAUAGCCAGACAAGUAAGGUCGAUGACAAGGGAAAUGAGACUGACAGCCUUCCUUUUGGUGGCAAUCAAUCGCCAGAAAGCAAUUCAUGUGUAGUGGAGAAUCUUGAAAGAAAGCGACAUCAGCGAAGAAAGGGCAGCCGACAUAGCGGCCACUGCCUCUCGUUGCCAAAUAUAGAUAUCAGUCCUGUGCUCGACACCAGAAAAACACCGCCACGGAGCAGCAGCCGGGAUGAGUCGCCCAGAUGCCGGUCAGUAGGAGGAAUGGAGUCAAUGGAGCAUAAAUCCUCAGGUUCACGUUUGCUCAGUAAGAGAGUAGUAGAGGAUGAGGACGAUGAUGUUGGAGGAGAGUACGGGAGUGUGCAUGACAGCAGCAGAUAUAAUGGCUCCUCAGCUGGUGGCUGUUUACGGCCACUCCGCAACACUUCUGGCAACUUCCGGGACAUGAGCCCUCGGGUAGUAUCUCCACCAGCCACAGCGAUGGCAACUGAGGGCUCUGCUCCAGCUAGAGUGGCCAAUAAUGAUGAUGAUGAUGAUGACAAUGCUGAUUUGUUGUCCUUUGAGACGUUCUUGAUGGGUGAUGCUGAUGUGGAUGAAUUACGUGUCGUUUAUUACCAAGGAUUGUCCGCACGGACUGGACUGCUCCCUCUCCGCGCUCCUGAUUUCACGCCAGCGGAGCUUGGUGUUUUCGCUGGCUUUGUCACCAUUGCUGAUGAGGUUCCCAAACGUCAUAACAAGGGUGACAAACAGCAAUGCGCCCAGACCGUGGGGGGGUUGAGGGAUGGGGAGGAGGCAGGGGAGACGUUCCGUGCCUGGAUGGAUCAGUGUGUGAUGGAGGUCGUGAUGGAUGUUGCCGAGAGGAGCAGUCGUAUGGGCGGCGGCCCUUCUUCCGGGGAACGUCGUUCCCAGGCUUCGGUGAGAGCAGAUGAUGAUGUUGAUCGCACAAGCAAUCUGCAGUUGCUUCUUGGGGUUUUCUACAGGCACAUCCUCACCAUAGAUAGGACGGCACUUGCAUGGUUGAUGUGUCUGCUGAGCUUUCUGGGGCAUGCGUAUCGAUGGGGUGGUUACAGUGGCAGCACUAGCAGCAAUCAUUUCACAUCAUCAGUUUCAACGUCACCACGGCAAUCCAUGCAACAGGGGAGAGGUGCACGACAGCAGCAGCAGGAUGUGGAGAGGGAGGAAGAAGAGAAGAUUGCUCAGCUGCACAGAACAGCCUCUUUGUCUUUGAUGGAGGUUUUCGGUUGCAACAACCCUUUGUAUCUUCUGUGGAAGCGGGUGUGUGAUCGGCUGGAGAUCCCCAUGUUAUGCGGCACGUAUGACACUCUGCUGGGAGCCAACUUUGAGGUGAGUGGCAUCGAGCCUGGCACACCAUAUUCCUGGCGAGACAUCGCGUCACGGCCACGGGAAGACAUUUCUAUCCGCUUUCUCUUUAAUGCUGACCCAUUGUGCCGGCAGGUGGAGAUGGCGUUCAUCCGUAUGAUUAUCCGCAUUGAGAGCCUGGGAGCGCCAGUGUGUGGCCUUGCAGUUGAUGCUGUGGAAGCUGCUGGGCGCGAUGAUGUUGAUGGGCUGGUUGUUGCCCUUGACUCCAUUGCCGCAUCUCUGGACAUCAUUCUCAAUGAAAUGGAGACAAUGCUUCCUCUUAAUCCAGAUAGCAAACCUGCAAAAGAACCCUCUCUUGAUCUAGACCGGUUCUUCCGGUUUGUCCAGCCGUUCGGUUUUGGUGGAGGCGGCAAUGGUGCACUGUAUGCUUUUCGUGGGGGAAGCACCUUUGUUAUGGCUGUCUUACAGUCACUCGUGAUGGACGAAGAUGACAGUGGGAAACGAACUCCAAAGGCCAAUGCAGCAAGUUCCACAGAGAGACAUGGCAUCGCUGAUGAUCUCUGCGCAGCAGACGUACCAAUGGCGCUCUUGCCUGGUCCUAAGCGAUUCCUUGCCAAGUUACAUCGUCUAUCGGCUGUUGUGCAUACAUGUGUGUCACGAGAGCGGGCUAGAAGGCCGGAUCUGGUGCGGUCGUUCGACAGGUGUUUGCAGGGCGUCAAGCGAUGGAGAGACCGGACCAGUGUGUUGAGUCAAGUUCCCAGUGAGAAUUACAGCAUCAAGGCUCAUAACAGCUAUGAGGUUAACAAGCAAAGCCAUUCAGCAACCAUUGGUGACCGUGCUGAUUUGCGGCAGGGGAGGGAGAGAGCAAUCGAAGGGGGGAGCGGUGCGUGGAGGGCACUCGUGGACGGUAGUGGUUCUGUAUCACCGGCAUCGGCUAUGCCAACAAGGGCAGGAGCAGAGGCGAGGAACUGGGACAUUAGUGAGACAUGUCGGAAUACAGCAGUCUCUUCAUGCAAUGGUGUUGCACAUCAUGGUAGUCCGUCCUCGUCCACGGGACUGGGAGGAGGAAGAGGAGGAGAGGGGGGUUAUGGUGAGCGCCGACCAACCUCCUGCCCUGAUGGUGUACCUGCUGGACCUCUGCCACUCUCUGGUGGAGCUGGUUACUACCAUGAGGCCACAGGGAAGCCAUUGACCCACCAGUCGGGAACGACUCAUCGUAGUGGAGGAAUUGUUGAAAUGAGCGGGGAGCUGUCCAGUGCGUCACUCGCGGAUUACCGUAGUGAGAGGUCAUAUCGCAGAAAUCGAAGGAAUGAGAUUCUGGCUGCACGGAAUUCGAGGCGAUCUGGUGGCAGCUCUGGCAGCAUAGGGCUGAAGGGUUCCCGUGAUGGAAUGAAUGGGAACAGAGGUGAGGCGGAACAACAAGAAAACGAGGCUGGCAGUAUUCAUCGGCACCAUCGACGAGAGGGAAGCGGCAGUAGCAGAAUUCCUCCCUCGAGACGCAGGAUGCAUCGUCGGGAUGAGGACCAACGGCAUUUAUUUGAUGAUGACGAGAAAGGGUACCCCGGUGAAAAUCAACAGAGGAAAGUGGACGACUUUUUAGAUCCAUCACUAUCUGAUUCAUCAACCUUCAUGAUGCCGUCUCCCUCCACCUCCUUCCUUUGCACUCCAAUGACGGUUCGGCAACCGGUGUUGCCUGCCCGCUCGAGAAGAACCCGGCGAUCGAAGCAGUCUUCCUCUUUUGGCAGGACAGCACCGACAACAGCUCCAAUGGCCCGAUCUACGUUUGAUGCGGAUCCGCCAAUGAAAGCAGCCCUGCAAAGAGGCUACCACCAGGAGGUCCCACAGAGAGAUGGGGUGAUGGUGCCACUCAAUGACUCUCCUGGUGGUGGACGAGGGGGUGGAAGCCAUGUCAGCAUUGGGUCAAACAUGCAGAAUACGUCUCGCUCUAGCACCGUGGCGUCAGUGGAAAGAACGAUGGGAAGAGGGGGAGGCGGACGCAUGGUAUUGACAGAACAAUCACGGGGGAUGUUGCCAGGUGUCGGGACAAAUGCGAUGGUGAGCAAAGACAGAGCAUCACCAGUGCAUCGCCCGGUGAUGGCUGUGGAAUCCUCCUCUUAUCGUGGUGGUGAUAAUUUAGCCCCCCGCAUGACAGCCUUGGGCAAGAAGAAGUCGCCACUCCCACCAGCAAGCAAAAAAGAGGGAAUGAUUAAACUGAAGAAGAAAUCUCUGGGCGCAGGUAUGUUUUCCAUGCGAUCUCGAUUUGGAUGUGCUGGCAGCGCUCACACAAUGUCCAUGACUUUCUCCAACUCCGCUGCCGUCACAGCGAGGAGAAGAUCGAAGCAGCAGGGGAAGGUUUUGGGAUGGUUAUUUCGUAAACGACCCCAGACCCCGCCAAAGGCAGUGAGCGAUUCUCGCAACAGGCGGCCAAAGCCCCCCCAGCAGCAACCUGGUGGCCUUCUUGGUUAAUGAUGGAUGACGUGGCGCCACACUGUCUUUGUUGGUUGGGGUGAGCAGGGAACAACUGAAUGGAUCAGAUAGCAUCCUCGAGCAUUUACCUCGAGAAAAUGACGGAACACUUUUCCUCGCACUCCCUCCUUCCCUCAAUCAUGCUUGUAUAGACAAGGAAAACCAUUCUCACUGUUCAUCAAAUAGUAUCGAUGGCACCUGCAGCCACCCUCGAUUGCCUCCUGCCUACUCACCAUGGCUUGGACUUUGACUUCAAGAGAUUUCACUGGACUGUAUAAACCAGCAAAAGUGUGUACAGAGGGAAGAGUGACCCCAUGGGAAAGACGUGAUGGGGAGGGUUGCACUCUGACGUGGGUUCAAAGCUCUGGCCAAAAUGAGUGUGAGACCGCAAGACAGCAGCGUUGUAAUCCUACUGCUGCAGACCCAUGAGCUUGAGCGUCGAAAAGCCGACAAACUGCCAUGUUUCUGUUAAAUUCAGGGUUCAAGUCUGGUGUGUUGAGCACUUCCCCCUGGCGAUUGAAAAAUUAGAGAACAAAUGGAGGGAGCGUGGUGGAAAUGCUGACUCUUCGUCGACAGCUAUGCUCCCGGUGUAAAUAUUUCAGCAGGCACUUGCAGACAAGUAAACGGUGGUGAGGUCACGCAUGUGCCUCUGUGUUCUUUGGAGUAUGCCGAGGCAAUGUUCCAAGGCUUGUCCUUGCUGCUUGUCCUUGCUGUUCUUGCAUCCUCGCGUGACAUUGCCUGUGCAAGGCUUUCCUAAGGCUGCAAUACCAGCUGCACGCGGGUCUCUUAUCGUAACUGGCCUGUUGGGGGCAGCCUUACGGCAUCCGAGAAGCUGCUGUGAAACAGCGUUCCGUGUCUCAGAAGGUGGGAGCAUGCAUGCUCCACAAGUUCACAGCAAUCGAAUGGUUUCAGCAUGGUACGGGAAGGCAACGGGGUGAGGAGGAAGCUGGUAGUUUUGCUCAGCGUCAUGCUUGAGCACGGGCUGAGAGCGGUGAGGUUAUGGGACGGUGCUCACGGAGGUUAUCCGUGAUGUAUGCUUGUCUUCAUCUGUGGGCAUUGGUUUUGUCCGUUCCAUAUGUACUGGGGAUAUCACUCGAUGACUCCUUUAUUUGUCUAGACAGACAUCUAUUCAGCUGAGCAUACUGUGUGUGAAUAGAUGCCUUGUGCUUGUGUGUCCCUAGUCAUGAGGAUUUUAACUUCUUCAAGAAACUUCAAAGUAGACGCGCAUAUGCAUUGCAGAAGUGUGCUCGUGUGUGAUGCUGCUAAGUAGCGGGGAAGCUUCGCUGACCCUCUAUUGGUUUUCAGCUUACACGUUUUCGAGAGGACAAGUGGAGUGUUUCUUGGAUUUCAGCCCGCUUCUCUCCAUUCUCGGUGUACAGUAAGUAGCCUCUGUCUGAGUGUCAUCAACUGAAAAUUUCGAGUAGUCCCCUGUUGAGGGGGAUUGAGGUUAUUCUUGGCGAAUCAAGCAAAAUCAGAGAAAGUUGAAGAUUUCCAGGACGCAAGUGACAUCCCAAGCGUGAAGCAGUUGUUGCAAAUUCAAACUGAGUGCAUUGCUCUCAAGCACAACAGCACUCUCAAGAAAGGGCUUGUAAGAGGGAGGACAUUCCGAUAGGGAUGUGACUGUUAGUGGGCAGCGAAAAAGAACAGGGGAAAUAAAUGGAGAGAACAUGAUGUGUUGUGCUGAUUAUUAUUUGCGUAAAUCAAUAGCAAACCUGGGAACAGGUUUCGUAUGCCAUGUUGUGCAAUAUCAUCAAAUCGCGGCCCGAUGGCUGGUGUCCAAUGUGCCUCAGUCUAUCCCAUGCUAAGCGGGGACCUGAGGAGCAAUAGCUUGCGUCGAAGCUGUGAAGGAGUGCAAUCACAAAGUCCAGGAAGAGUUGUGGAUUGCGUACAAUAAGGAUCUUCUAACAAAUGCAAUAGCAAACCUGGGAACAGGUUUCAGAUGUCAUGUGCAAUAUCGUCGUCAAAUCCCCGGCCAGAUGGCACCUUAUCUGCUGUGCAAUGUGCCCCAGUCUAUCCCAUUCUAAGCUGGGACCCAAGGAGCAGUAGCUUGCAUCGGGGCUGUGAGGGGGCUGUGAGGGGGCUGUGUGGAGUGCAAUCACUAAGUCCAGGAAGAUUUCUGGAUUGCAUACAAUAAGGAUGUUAUAACCUCUGACACAUGGCAGGAAGGGAAGAAGCGGAGGUGCUUUUAUGUCCAUCAUGGAUGUUCUCAGAAUCGGCUGAGAACGUGGCAUUGUUGCCAGAAAACUUGUCUUUGCAAUCUGUUCAUCAUGGAUGUUGGUGCCAGACGCUGCUGAGGAGUUGGACUGCACGAGAAGCAAACCAGGAAAUUGCCUUUGUGAUCUGUCAGAUUGGAUGUAUGGAAGUAGGGCACACAUGUUCAUGCCAGGGGUUGGACAGGUGUUGAACUACAAUUAUCUGCACAUGAGGAGCGACUUACAAAUGGAGCGGUCAAUUGAACCACCAAUCAAGGAACUGGAUGAUCAGCCGUAAAAUGUAGAGUGCAAGCCCAUGGUGUUGUAAGGGUAGACUGCAGAAGAGCAGUUGAUUCGUGAAUUGAAGAUGGUUCUUGCUGCGUGUAUGUAGUAUGUACAUGUCCUGUGUGUGUGCGUGCAAAUUGUGCAUGUGUCCCCACGCAUGUGUCUGUGUGUGUGUGAGUGUGUGGGGCGUGAAAGCCAUUAGGACAG